AUGGUAAAGACACGAGGCAACGCGAAGAAGGACGACAAUGGCGGCAAAGGGAAAGGGAAAGGCAAACCUGAGCCCCUGAAAUCACCCACCGCAGACCAGAUCAACAGAAACGGAAUCAACAGACUGGGUCGCCCCGGCAUCAAAUCGCCCAAAAUGAAGAAGAGCACCAAGGGCAAACCGUCGACCAACUCCAAGGAUAUCAACGAUGACUUGGAGAAGAUCUUUGGCGGCGGCGGCAAUGACGCGGAGCAGGGGUUCGAGCUGAUCGUGAAGGAGGCCGAGCAGCAUCCCGAGGGGAACCCUGCAAGCGGCACAAGAUCCAAAAUCACGAUCAAGCUCACGCUUGAGAAGGCUUCGGCUGCGAAGAAGAAGGAGGAGGAGGAGGAAGAGGACGCUGCCGCUGCCGCUGCUGCCAAGAAGAAGACCGCAAAGGAGGCUGCGGAGGCCAAGAAACAGUCGAAAGGAGAGGCUGCUGCGCAGAAGAAGAAAGGAAAGGAAGAAGCUGCCGCCGCGAAGAAGAAGGAAAAAGAAGAGGCCGCAGCGGCGAAGAAGCAGGUCAAGGAAGAGGCUGCCGCAGCAAAGACGACGAAAAAGCCCCGCGCGACGAAAAACGCAGCAGCGAAACCUAAGGCGCCGGAAAAGACUGCGUCUUCGACCAGGAAGAUCAGAGCACGAAAGGAGAUUUCUGAACCAGCUCGAACUUCGCCCGCCCCGGCUUCACCCAAGGCGAAUAAUACAACCAAGGGAAAGGCCAAGAAGAAGCAGCCAACGAAGAAGGAACCCGCGAAGGGGAAACCCACGAAGAAGCCCGCGACCACCACGGCUCCCAAGGAGUCGAAGAAAGCUGCCACGGUGAAGAAAGAGGCAGGCAAAGGCAAGGCUCCAGCGAAAGAAGCCGCGAAGCCCAAGGGCGUGACGAAGACGAGGUCGACGCGAAGCAGUGCCCGGACCGCUGCCAACAAGACCUCGGGGCCAACCUUUGCCUGA